AUGUCUGUGGCCGAAUUUGAAGCGGCCUUUUCUAGUUUGUCCCGGUUUGCACUGGAAUUGGUAGCGACGGAAGAGCAUCGUUGUUAUGAGUUUGAGCAGAGGUUGAGGAAGAUUUUGUUCAAGGUUGCCGGGAACAUGAUUCAAGAUUAUGAUCGCCUUGUGGAGGCAGCCGCACAUGUGGAAAUUAUUGUGGAGGCCGAGGAGGAGAGACUUCGGAAUUCGAGGUCUAGGGGCCAGGGGUCACAGGGGGACUUUAGGCCUAACAAGAGGAGUAAGAGUACUUUUUCAUCCCAGUCUCAGUCGCAACAGUCUAGAUCCACUUUUCCAUUGCCUAGUGCGGGCCCAAAGAAGAGUGCACCGAAUAUGGGUGCGUCUCAUUCAUUCAUAUCUGCUGCAUUUGUAUCUGCAUUGGGGCUAGAGGUGAUUCAAUUAGCAUCUCCACUCAGAGUAGAGUCUCCAGUUGGGGGUGCAGCUGAACUAGAUCGAGGUUGUCAUGGUUGUGAGAUAGAGGUUGCUGAGCGUAGACUCCCGUUUUCUUUUGUGUUGAUAGACAUGUCAAGUUUUGACGUCAUCCUAGGCAUGGAUUGGUUGUCUUCGUAUUGGGCAGUGAUAGACUGCUUUCGUCAGAAGGUUACCGUGUGCACCUCGAGUGGUGAUUGUUUUUACUUUCUAGGAGACCGAGUUGAUAGGGUCUUGUCACCAAUAUUCGAUUCUCAUGGUAGGAAUGAGCUUAGUGGUGUUCUUGUUACUUUUUUGGAUGAUGAGAGUAGCGGGACUCGAGUUGAGUUGCCAAGGGUAGUUUAUGAAUACCCGGACGUAGGACCUUACUAG